UUGGGCUAUAAACGAAUUGAUAUCCACCUUUUAAUUAUUUAUUCCAUUCAGAAAAUAGAAAAUAAUAAUAAGAGAAAUAUAUAUAUGAAACUUGAUGAGUGUUAUAAUUCCGGAGAUGAUAAAAGGAAAAGUCACCCGUGUAUACAUAAUAAUCUUUUUGAAUUAAGGCAUAUAAAAUAAUGGCCGCCUCAACAGCAUCCACCCCACUUUCUCUUUCUUCUCCGUCGGCUCCUCCUCCUCCUCGUCUUCAGGCGGCGGCCUCCUCCUCGCAAUGCCUAACUUUCCCUUCUCAGCCGGCGCUCAACACCAGCCAUCUUGCCAAGACCACUGCCUAUUGUAGAAAAAUUGGCCGGAGUGUUGUUACUAUGGCUACUGGAGAGGCGCCAGCUGAAGUUGUCACCGCCACUGAGACUCCUGAGAUUGUUAAAACACUCCAACAAGCGUGGGACAAAGUUGAAGACAAGUACGCCGUUACUUCUCUGGCGGUGGCUGGAGGAGUUGCACUGUGUGCCUCUGCCGGAAUGAUCUCGGCUAUUGACAGGCUCCCGUUGAUACCUGGAAUUCUAGAGCUUGUUGGAAUUGGAUAUACUGGAUGGUUCGCAUACAGAAACCUAGUCUCUACGCCUGACAGGCAAGCGUUGAUUCAGAAAAUCAAAGACACUUACAAUGAUAUAAUUGGGAGCAGCUGAUCCAAGUUAAAGCAGAGUAACUGCAUGUACAAUUGCAAUUUUAUAUAUACAUUUAUUAUUAUUAAUAAUAAUUAGCAUUUGAGGUCACACGCAGACAAGUACUACUGUUCUCUCUUUCUGUUGGUGUAGUCCUCUAACUAAAGAGAAAUCCAGGAUCAUUAAUAAGCUAUGCAUUCUAAAUAUGUUUUUCAGUACUAGCUAGUCGUUGCACAUCUUUAUAAAUGAGACCUGUUAUUUAUACCACUGAAAUAUAUAUUGUGCUAGCUAAUUAA